GCAGCACGUUGAAUCUUGUUCCGCAGCAACGAUGGCUGCUAAUUGUCAGCUGUGGCGACCAGACCGAGGACGGUCCUUCAGACACUACGGAAUUAUUUCCAUGUUGUUUAUGGACUUGCUAUUACAGUGCGUUAAUGGGUAUUUGAGUUCUCCGCACAUGGGCCAGGAUCCUCCCUACACCAGAGAUGCUCAACAUGGACCAGUGAUCACCAGCCCUGUGGUCCCUGCUGUAACCUCCGUGUCUCCGGCAGAUGAGAGCUACACUUUCAAGUGUCCCAGUGGGGGUUUGUGUGGUCGCCUGCCAGCCGAUUGCAUUCAGUGCAAUUACCAACACAGCUGCGUUUACGGCAAACCAGCGUCCUUUGCCUGUAAACCCAAGAAAGGCGUUCACUGUAUAGGAGAGUCGGGACAGCAGCAAACCAACUUCUCCCUUUCCAUCACCUGCCAGUUCUGCUGGCAGCUGGACCCGUCUCAGUACCGCUGCUCAAACUCCACAAACUGUAUGACGGUCUCCUGCCCACGAAAGCGCUACAACGCCACCUGCGACGCCUUAGACCACGUGCAUUGUCUAGGUAAGAGGCGGUUUCAGAAACGUUUGUUCUGCAACUGGACUGGUGGAUACAAAUGGUCAACAGCACUGGCACUCAGCAUCACUCUUGGGGGUUUUGGGGCAGAUCGGUUCUAUCUGGGCCAGUGGAGAGAGGGCCUUGGCAAGCUGUUCAGCUUUGGCGGCCUGGGCAUUUGGACUCUGAUAGACGUUCUCCUGAUAGGGGUCGGCUAUGUCGGACCCGCUGACGGUUCUCUGUACAUCUGAGGGAAAGCGCCGGAGACAUGGCUGGUUCGUGAAGUCUUCCACCCCACACCGCUUCGCCCAGGAUUGAAGAUCCGAGAUGCUGUGUUCUUAACACGUUCGCCUGCCCAAGCUCUCUGCUCAACACGUCCUCAUCCCAUCUGCUGACAGGCAGGAAGUGUUUUCCUCAUCACACCAACGAGGACUCUACCCACACAACCACCAGAUCGAUCCCAAUCAUUCUGCGUCCGGCUCCUGUUGCGAUUCCGCAGAUGGAGCUGUGCAGCAGGACGAGGAGCCAGUGAUUAAGUCUAUCUGGCUGCUUUGACUUAACUAUAGGUUUAGCCGCCUUGCUGAUAGACAGCCAGGGUUUCCUGUGGAGCGAGCCUUUUGCUGACAUCCUGUCACCUUUGAACACACAUUGCUCCCCCUUUAUUGCCAGGUAGAUGCAUCAGUGAGGGUCAAAUGGUAACCAUGGCUACAGAGCUUUUUAUGGGAACAGUACACAAAAGACGAGUUGAAAGGUGGUAUUUAUGUUCUAAAGCAUGAAUAUGUAGAGGGAAAAUGGAUUGAGUUUUUUUAUUUGUUUAAUUGAUACAGUUGACAGUAUUUCAGCUUUUUUUUUCUCUCUCAGCAUUGACUCAGCGCAGCAGCAAGGAGGUUACCCUGAGGGCCAAACACGAUUCCAAUGCCUGUCCAUAUGUUACAUGAACAAAUACGAGCGUCUCUUAGUGAAUCGGGAGGAUAAUCGGUCAUUUGCUGCAGCGUGUGGGCUCAUUUCUGGAAACACGCACAUAACCUGACUGUACGUUUUGUUUGGUCGCGAUACUGAAACACUUAAAUGUGUUGCACUAGCACACUGCAGCCACCUGUGGUUUCCUCUGCUGGAGAUCCUGGAGAUAUUCUGUGCGCUUUACUGGUUUUUCGUGUUUUUUUUUUGUUGUUUUUAUGGGGGGGCGGGGGGUUUGAAGGAAUGUACUGUAAUAUUUUUUUCAAUCAAAGCCACCACCUUGUUUCAUAUGUUUUUUCUGUGUUGGGACUGUAUAUAUUUUGUUGAGUUAUGUAAAUAAAUUAAAAAAAUACACUCAA